UCUCUCACUACCCUUUGCCAUUGCAAUAUAUAUGUAGAUAACUUCAUCGAUCUCAUCUCUUCCACUUCCUCUAAAUCUCCUCAGUCUAGUAACAUAUAUACACACGAGAUGGAUACCUUCCUCUUCACCUCAGAAUCUGUAAACGAAGGCCACCCCGACAAAAUCUGUGACCAGGUUUCGGACGCCAUCCUCGAUGCUUGCUUGGAGCAAGACCCAGAGAGUAAGGUUGCAUGCGAAACCUGUACAAAAACCAACAUGGUUAUGGUCUUCGGUGAGAUCACAACCAAGGCAAAGGUGAACUAUGAGAAAAUAGUUCGAGACACUUGCAGAGGCAUUGGAUUCGUGUCAGCUGAUGUUGGUCUCGAUGCUGACAAAUGCAACGUUCUUGUCAACAUUGAGCAACAGAGUCCUGAUAUUGCCCAAGGAGUUCAUGGUCACCUGAGCAAAAAACCUGAGGAAAUUGGAGCUGGUGACCAAGGUCACAUGUUCGGCUAUGCCACAGAUGAAACACCUGAACUAAUGCCACUUACUCACGUGCUUGCUACUAAACUUGGUGCCAAACUCACUGAAGUAAGAAAGAAUAAGACAUGCCCGUGGCUGAGGCCUGAUGGUAAAACCCAAGUGACUGUUGAGUAUAGGAAUGAUAAUGGGGCCAUGGUUCCUAUUCGUGUGCACACUGUUCUCAUCUCAACUCAACACGAUGAAACUGUCACAAAUGACCAGAUUGCCAAAGAUUUGAAAGAGCAUGUAAUAAAACCUGUCAUCCCAGCUGAAUACAUUGAUGACAAGACCAUCUUCCACCUCAACCCUUCGGGUAGGUUUGUGAUUGGUGGACCCCAUGGAGAUGCGGGACUCACUGGAAGGAAGAUCAUUAUUGAUACCUAUGGUGGGUGGGGUGCUCAUGGUGGAGGUGCUUUCUCAGGCAAGGAUCCAACCAAGGUCGAUAGGAGUGGUGCAUACAUUGUUAGGCAGGCAGCAAAGAGUGUCGUGGCUUCAGGGCUUGCCUGUCGUUGUAUCGUGCAGGUUUCUUAUGCAAUUGGAGUGCCAGAGCCAUUGUCUGUGUUUGUGGAUACCUACAAAACGGGGAAGAUUCCAGACAAGGAUAUUUUGGCUUUGAUCAAGGAGAACUUUGACUUCAGGCCUGGAAUGAUUGCCAUCAAUCUUGACCUCAUGAGAGGAGGCAACUUUAGGUAUCAGAAGACUGCUGCUUAUGGGCAUUUUGGACGUGACGAUCCUGAUUUUACAUGGGAGACCGGGAAGAUGCUAAAGCCCAGUGCUUGAUUGAGCUGCUGGCCAUGGUAUUUCUAAAGGUGGUUAUCAUAGUAAUCAUCUUUCUGAAUUUGGGUUAAGAAAAUAAUAACGAAGGAGAUUCGGCGAGUAAAUACUUCAUUUAUAAUAUGCUUUUCAGAUUGGGUGUGAAAUGGGAGCAUAAAUGUGCUGUCCUAAGUGGAGGCGUUCGCACAAUAGGAGCAUGCAGCAUUAGCUACCUCUUUCGAUUUUUCUUUUAUUUCUUUUAAGUU